AUGUCUGUGAAGAACGCGUAUAUCUUUGACACAAACAAAUGGUAUGCCAUCGAAGGGACGUCCAUUAGCUUUAGAUGCAAACCUGGCUUCGAGUUCGUCACCGACUCGUUUCGGACAUGUCUUUACAACUCAACGUGGGAUCAAACGGCACCCGUAUGUCGAGAAAAUAGGAAUGAGAUUGGAAUUGCGUUCUUGCAAUAUAAUAGAUCAUUAGAACUUGUAAAUAACUGGAACGAUGAGUAUGAUACUCAUUACCUUGAUACUAAAAUGUGGAUGAUAGGCAAUAGAAAUGAUUGCGAUAAGUAUAACGAGACUAACAUGGCGUGCGUUAUAUCCCCCGACAAUAUCCAACUCGCGAACCAAACCCUCGCCCUAAUUGUUAGGCCCGAGAAUCACACCAAACACAACAUACCCGACGAUAAGCCCCUGUUCUCACGGCCCGAACUAUUACUGUACUUUGAUUGGCAUAAGAACAGCCGUUUAGCUAUAAGGGCGGCAUUGCCACAGGGUCAACUAUUAUACCCAUUUGUACACGUGAGAAUCUUGGUGUACAACACGAUUGUUGGCAUUCCCAUAAUCAGUCCCAUUGGAUACUAUGACGACCCGUAUGCGAGACAGACUAUAAAGCAAAUGCUCAACGAGGACCUAGAUCAGUUUCAUACGUACAUCAUCGAGUGGAACGAUACUCAUUAUAAAUGGAGUUUUGACUAUAGAUACUCGUAUACUGCACCAUAUAAUCCGCUUAAUGUGAAUAGCACGUUUAUUGGACCCCGAGCGGAAUUGAUAAGCGAGGUGAAAGUUGGUAUAAAUAAAGGCGAUAGGUUUGCCCCAAAUGAUUACCUGAAGUGGAAGUGUUCGGCACUUAUCGUAGAUUAUGUUCGCCUCUAUCGAUGGGCGAUGAAAGGGUUACCUGAUGAUGAUUAUUUAUGGGAUAUAGUAAAUGACAACACCGCCACCGCCCUCGAGAUUUUAUCCGGCUUAAUAUUCAUGUAUUGCAAGCAUAAGAGACUGAAACGGAUUAACCGAGAGAUGGUGUCCGAUAUUUACGACGACAACCGUAUGGAUGACUACGAAGAGAACUGUUUCAAUACAUUUAUCGACAAUAAUGUGGACGCGAGGGCUGGCAUUGAAAUGAUGGAGAAGUUCGGCGCCAACACAUUCGUCACGCUAUACCGCAGUACCGAUGAGUACAUGACUGGCCACUGGAGCACCGCUGAUCCUGAUGUACGUAAUGCACUAUUUGAUCUGGAGCAAUUUAUCGGAAAUCGUAGAUUAGUCUACACCAUGCUACUGUCAGGUUUUGCAAAGAUGUUAUCGAGUGAUAGGAAUGUCAUUCAAGAGAAGUAUCCGAAGGACUCGUUCGAGAGAUUCGGUGAUGACUUGUGUGGACUCCUAUUGUCUUAUCUCACAUUCACAGACUGUUUCCGAUUUGAAUGUCUGUCUAAACAGUGGCAGCGAUUGAUAUUCAAAUCACAAGACAGUCUAAAUGCAAAUGAAUUCAUAGAUAUCAUAGAUUGGCGUAUGGAUGGCGACUAUGACCCCACACGCAUCCAUUGGGAAGCAUUGGAAUCGGUGGUCACAAAGUGUCCCAACAUUACAGCCAUUCAUAUUGAGAUCCAGUUGGAAGAGACCAGAAGAGUGUUUGAAAGACUCGUGUAUUCAUACGAACACUCAUUGAUUGCAAUUAAUGUCACGUUUAACGACAUCAUUGAUUCGGAUCUAAUGAGACCUAUUGUGGACACAAUUCUCGGCAAAUAUGGCUCACAAUUAACCACAAUAUCAGUGCCAUACUGGGGGUAUGAAGCGUUAAGAUCUCACGCAAAGUCUUUGACAAAACUCACGCAACUGUCUGAUGAAAGCAACGAAGAGACGGUGUUGUCAGUGAUUGUCACCGAAAACAAUGAGAUAUUAGUCAAGAAUUUGACAAAAUUUCAAUACGAUUACAUAGACUCUGAUUGGCAGCGAUUGACAGCAUUUAUUGAUUACUAUAAGAAUCUCUUAAAGUGUUUAGACUUUAGUUUUGUUUUAGUAUAUUUCAAUUCACCGGAAGAAUGGAUUCGUGUACUGAAACUCAUACCACAGAUGAGAGUAUUGCGAGAAUUAAGUCUUUUAAUUGGUGGGGAUAAUGAGAAUAUUGUUGAGUCUAUCGUUGACUAUCACUGCAAAGAGUUUGUCAAUCAAUGGCCACAACUCAAGAGAUAUCGAUUGGAUAUUGAGUGCAGAACUGUCGCACAAAUGAGACGAUUGUAUGAAUCGGUGGGUCGUAUGAAACAAUUACGACGACUCGAGCUAAUACUGAUGACAUCGUAUGUGAACGAAGUACUGGCCAUUGAAUUGACACCGAAAUCAUUGUCACCACUGAAACGGUUAACACAUUUCGAGUUAGUUUUAUACAGAUGUGUAUUGAAUGAGACAUACUUUGACUCAAUUCACACACAUUUACCACACCUUCAGAGUCUGAAGAUUAACACCAAAUUAGNUUACCACACCUUCAGAGUCUGA